AAGGACCUGCAGAAGGACCCUCCCACCUCAGCGCAGGCAGGUCCUGUAAGUGAGGACAUGUUCCACUGGCAGGCCACUAUCAUGGGACCCUCGGACAGCCUAUUUACUGGUGGUCUAUUUUUGGUGAACAUCCAUUUCCCACUGGAUUAUCCCUUCAAGCCCCCGAAGGUCUCUUUCCGCACCAAGGUGUUCCACCCAAACAUCAAUAGCAACGGCAGCAUUUGCCUCGACAUUCUCAAGGAACAGUGGAGCCCGACUUUGACCAUAUCAAAGGUCCUCCUGUCAAUCUGUUCGUUGCUGACGGACCCCAAUCCCAAUGAUCCUCUGGUGCUUGAGAUUUCUCACAUGUACAAGACUGAUUGGGCCAAGUAUGAGUGUGCCUGGACACAGAAGUACGCCAUGGGUGGAUGUAUAGGCAAGCAAUGUCGAGAGAGGUCAUCUAAAUCUUCAUUCGCAAAUAUGACUGCUGGUGCUGCUGAUGAUGUUAUGAAAAAAUGCGGUGCACCAAACAAGAUUGACUUCCUCUCUCUUUCUUAUACAAGGCAUGCAGAAGAUGUGCGGAAGGCACGGGAGUUCCUCUCAAAGUGUUCUUAUUUCAACUGA